CCCCGCCUCCUCUGUAAUUUCCUCCUCCAGGGCAGAGCAGCCCAGCCGCAGUGUGUGCCAACUUGACGAGUCGAGAUGGCAAAUGUCUUGAGAAAUUCCGCCAAAUUCGGGUUUUCAGGUGUGUUGUCCCAGUUGUCCAUCCACAGUAGACAUGGGAGAGAGUGUGUGUCGCCGUGCUUCUCUCUGCAGCAGAGAAACAACUCUACCUCACCUAAGAUCAAGGUGGACCUGGACAACAGUACAGGUGUAGCUGUGUUGAGGAUGCAGAGCCCCCCUGUCAACAGUCUGAGUCUGGACUUCCUCACUGAGUUCUGUAUCAAUCUGGAGAAACUAGAGAUGGAUAAGAGUUGUAGAGGUCUGAUCAUCACCUCGACCCUCUCCAAGGUGUUCUCUGCGGGGCUAGACAUCAUGGAGAUGUAUGGGAAAAGUCCGGAGCGCUGUGGAGAGUUCUGGAAGGCUGUUCAGGAGAUGUGGCUCAAACUCUACGGAUCCAACAUGGCCACCAUAGCUGCCAUCAACGGCUCUAGUCCAGCAGGUGGCUGUCUCAUGUCUAUUGGAUGUGACUAUAGGAUCAUGGCUGAUAAUCCUCGCUACAGCAUUGGACUCAACGAGACUCAGCUCGGCAUCGUAGCCCCCUUCUGGUUUAAGGACACGCUGGUGAACACGGUUGGUAACCGGGCAGCAGAGCUGUCGUUGGAGCUGGGUCUGUUGUACAGCGCUCCUGAUGCCCUGAAGAUCGGCCUGGUGGACCAGUUAGUCCCUGAGGACCAGGUCCUCUCCACUGCACAGGACACCAUGUCCAAGUGGCUGGCUGUACCAGACCAUGCCAGACAGAUCACCAAGUCCAUGAUGAGGAAACAGACCAUUGACAAGCUGCUGUCCAACAGGGAAGCUGACAUCACCAACUUUGUGAGCUUCAUCACUAAAGACUCCAUCCAGAGGUCCCUGCGCAUGUACCUGGAGAUGCUCAAGAGUAGAAAGGCCUAGUCUGGGGCCCGAGCGGCUCCCCCAUUCCCUACAUAGUGCCCUCAGUCCUAUAGGUAGGCCUAGUCUGAGGCCCGAGCAGCUCCCCUAUUCCCUGAAUAGGGUGCCAGUUGACACACUACCCUGUCAUAUAUAUAUAUAUAUAUAUAUAUAUAUAUAUAUAUAUAUAUAUAUAUAUAUAUAUAUAUAUAUAUAUAUAUAGGGGGAAUUUUGUCAGCUGUAUUUCAUUCUAUUUCUGUCUGCAACCUUCAUGAAACGACACGGGGUGUGUUUAUUAGUGCAGACCGUAGCGAAACGUAGUGCAACAGAAAACGAAAACAACCGUUUCUUAUUGGACAAAAUCAGGUAGUUCACUCCCCGUUCUGGCUCGUUUGGAUCCUAAUGAACACACCCCCGGCCUUAUUUCCCCCGGCCACAAUGUUUGACUGUUUGGACUGAAACAACGAACACUGUUACCAUGUAGGUGAUUGUACAGGAAGUCAUCUUGCCUUUGUCUCUGAACAUAAUGUUUGGACUGAAACAACGAGCACUGUUACCAUGUAGGUGAUUGUACAGGAAGUCAUCUUGCCUUUGUCUCUGAACAUAAUGUUUGGACUGAAACAACGAACACUGUUACCAUGUAGGUGAUUGUACAGGAAGUCAUCUUGCCUUUGUCUCUGAACAUAAUGUUUGGACUGAAACAACGAACACUGUUACCAUGUAGGUGAUUGUACAGGAAGUCAUCUUGCCUUUGUCUCUGAACAUAAUGUUUGGACUGAAACAACGAGCACUGUUACCAUGUAGGUGAUUGUACAGGAAGUCAUCUUGCCUUUGUCUCUGAACAUAAUGUUUGGACUGAAACAACGAACACUGUUACCAUGUAGGUGAUUGUACAGGAAGUCAUCUUGCCUUUGUCUCUGAACAUAAUGUUUGGACUGAAACAACGAACACUGUUACCAUGUAGGUGAUUGUACAGGAAGUCAUCUUGCCUUUGUCUCUGAACAUAAUGUUUGUGAUCUUUUCCUGUACUGUUGGUUUGUGAUCUUUUCCUGUACUGUUGGUUUGCAAGUAAACAUCUGUAAAAUACCU